GGGAGGUGGUUCCUUCAGAGGGCAAAGCAGGAGCUUAUAAAAGCCACAGUCCAGGCUGGAGGCCCAGAAGAGGAGAAGAGAGAUGCAGGAGAUGGCGGGAGAGUGUGAGCCUAAAGUGUCGAGCGGCCCUGAGAAGGAUACUUUCAGAGGACAGAGAUUCACCCAGAAAGACCCUGAGGUGUCCACUCACCGGCCAGUGAGCUUUCCAGUGCUCCGAGCCCGAUGGCUUCUGUUGCUGCUGCUCAUCCUCUCCCUGGCCAUCUGCUUCAUGCUUUUGGUGACCACGCUGGUUCAAGUUUCCAGGAUCCCCAAGUUCCCCCAGGUAGAGGCUCAGGACCAUGAGGAGAACCUCAGAUUGGCUGCAGCUUCUCAGGGCCCAGUACACUCAAGUCUGCAGCAGAUUCACCAGCAGCUGAGCCAGAUCAAUGCCUCCCUGGCUCGCCUGUGCCGUCCAUGUCCCUGGAACUGGGAGCCCUUCCAGGGAAGCUGCUACCUCUUCUCCAGGACACUGGGCAGCUGGGACUCUUCUGUCUCCUCUUGCCAGGCCAUGGGGGCCCACCUGGUGAUCAUCAACAGCGUUGCAGAGCAGAGAUUCCUGAGCUACUGGGAUAUCAGGAAAAAUUAUCUCACGUGGAUCGGCCUCAGUGACCAGAACAAAGAGGGCUCCUGGAACUGGGUGGACAAUACCCCACUGCAGCUCAGCUUCUGGAAAGAUGGAGAACCCCACAACAAUGGCAACGAGGGCUGCGUGCAACUGGCCGAGAACACCUGGAGUGACAAUAGAUGUACUGCACAGAACUUCUGGAUCUGUGAAAAGCCCUUGACUCCUUGCCCUGGUCUCUGAGGGUCUCUGCUGCCUCUGCCCCCUGAGGCCAGCAGCCUCUGCUCACUCUUCCCCAUCCCCAAUGCCCUUCUGAACUCCCACUGGUCUUGCAGGGAGGUCUUUGAGACUCUGAAACCUCUCUCCUCAGACCCCUUCCUUCGUGGAGCACAACUUAUCCCUCUUCCCACAUUGGGUGGCCUCAGUCCCUCUGCACAUUCACUGGGACACCAUGUGUCUGCCGUGGUCUCUGUCCCCUACUCCAAUGGGUGCGAUGAAACAGUGAAAUGAAAGGGAAAUUCACUCAUGGGAUGACAUAUUUUAUUCUAGCCAUCUUGUUUCCUUGCUACUGUUUUAACCACUAUGCCUUUGUAAUACAUCUGCUACUCACUAGUAUAUUGUUCUCUUUUAACAUCUUUUGUUCUGCUAAUACAUAUUUUAUGUUCCCAGAA